CUCGCCUGCCUCCCCACCCGCCCACCAUGCCCUUCCUGGAUGAACUGACGCCCUCCAACGCCGUGCUGUUCAUGCAGAGCCUGGACGGCGUCGCCGGCGUCGUCAGCAUCACCAGUCUAUGCACCAUCAUCUUCCUCAACAGCUGGCGGAUCUCCUUCAACUACCGCUCGCUGCUGAGGCUCAUGGUCUACACCGACUGCGUCGCCUGGGUCUUUGACUUUCUCUCGCUGACGUACCUGCCCGACACCUGUCCUGGAUGGACGUUCCAAGUCCUCUCCAACGUCGUGUGGUGUAUCAAGGACACAUUCAAAUUCACGUACAUCGUCUGGCGAACCAUCUAUACCUUCUCAGCCACCCGCCAAGAUAUCGAUCCCAUCUGGGUCCACAUUGGCUCGAUGGGCGCCGGCAUCGUCUCCUUUGUUCUCUAUGCCGUGUUUAUGGCCUUCUACUACAGCGGAUUCCGACAAUGCACCGCCGUCGAUGAAGAAAGUGCACAGAUCCCGCUCUUGGUCCUCUAUGUGUACUGGCUGAUGGUCGAUGUCGUCUGCACGCUCUCGAUCAUCUGGACCGUGUAUCGCAUCGCCUAUCCCAAAACGAUGGGCCAGCACAAGUCGCAAAUGCAGCACCUCCGCAACUCGCUGAUGAAGUCCAUCACGCGCGAGCUCAAGCGUCUUGUCAUCACCGCCGGCCUUGGCAGUUUCAUCUGCGGCGCCAAGCUCUACGAGAUCUUCCACAGCGGGCCCCCGAUCCUCAACAUCAAGAACACGCUGUUCACGCUUUCCCAACACGUUCUGGUCCUCAGUGUUCUGCGAUGGGUUCCAUUCGAUGAGGCCGAGGUAUCAAGCCGUGAGAACUUUGAACUUGUUGAAAGAAGCUAAGCACCCGUGUCUACUCCCCGCCACCUCUUUCCUCUUUCUGUGGCCCAUUGCAGCCCAACGCACCAUGGCCUCCUCACCAUCACAUGCUCUGCCGC